AUGGCCUCUACCCUGCAGAAGUUCAUUCAUUCUCUGGACCUCAGAGCCCUUCCCAGGGUCCUCCAAAUCCAGUCAGGCAUCUAUUGUCAAGACUCCGUCUAUGAGAUGUUUGGAAAAGAAUUCUCCCUCUCAACAGAAGAAGUCAUUAAAGUUAUUGGCUUCAAAAUUAAUAAACUCACAGCAAGUAUCUGUGAGAAUAAUGAAGUCAGCCAGUUUUCAGACAAAGUGGAAUUACCGCUAAACUUUCCUGGUCUUUAUAAGGUUGUGGCAGAUAAGACUCCAUAUAUCAGCAUUGAAGAAAUUGCAAGAAAAGUACCUAUUGGGCCAACAAAGUUUGGCCAUCCUUCUUUCUACAGCGCCAAAGAUAUAAAAUUGGCAAAUUUCACUAUCAAACGUGAUGAGCAGAUCAUCUUCAACUCUGUGGAAGAGGUCCAUGGAAUGAUGGCUGUGAAGUGUGUCGUGGUCAGAAAUAACCAGUCUCAUUCCUUUACUUUGCCCCUCUCACAAGAAGGAGAAUUCUAUGAGUGUGAAGAUGACCAGAUAUACACCCUAAAAGAGAUUGCAGAAUGGAAAAUCCCUAGGUGUAGAAACCGGAUUGUUAAACUUUCCAAUACUUUACACAUGUGGGACUCCUCUAAUCCACUUCCUGAGAAUUUUGAUGGCUGUUUGAUUCUCAUGCCUGUCUAUGAAGUGCAGGCAGUAAUGAAAUUUCGAAAAGACAUAGUUCAUAUCCUCUCAGAUCUGGAUGUGGAGGUCAAGGAUGUAACAGACUAUUAUGAUAUUAGCUCUUUCCUUCAGCCACUUUCUUUGGAAGAUUUAUUUGAGAGAACAAGCAAAGAAUUUCCUAUGGUUGCUGAGAUAAUGGAAGGGCCUUCAGGAAACCAAAAACCUUAUAACUUAUUGUCUACAGGGAAAGAGAUAGUCAUCUACAAAAAGUACCAGGCAGCAAGAGUCCUAGCCUCUGAGAUGAGAAGUGAUUCCUCUAAAAGACAUUAUUUAAUCCCUAUGAGCUACAAGGGAAAGUUCAAGAGAAGACCUCGAGAGUUCCCAACUGCCUAUGACUUACAGAUAGCGAGAAGUCAAAAAGAACAUCUUCAUGUUGUAGCGACUAAAGCCUUUACUUCCCCUCAUAAAGAACUUUUUUCUGUUUCAGUUGGAGAUCAAUUUCUAGUUCAGCAAUGCCAGACUAGUGAAGUUCUGUAUGAGGGAAGAAAGAAACUCAUAGAUGUUUUAGCUUGUGAGCAAAUACUAAGUGAUUCAUAUAAAACAGUGCUCCUCCCUAUGUACAUGGAAGGUGGCUUUGUGGAAGUGAUUCAUGACAAGAAACAGUACCACCUCUCUGAGAUUUGCAAAGAAUUCCAUUUGCCUUUUAACGUCAAAGUGUCCGUGAGGGACCUUUCCAUGGAGAAAGAUGUCUUGGCUGCUGCGCCUGGUCUGCAGUUUGAAGAAGAAAUCACAGACUCUUACUUGCUGAUCAGUAGUGCCAGCAGUCCAGUGGAGAGCUGGGAGAUUCCCGUGUGUCGCUUAAACAUGUUGGUUCAUUUGCUCAGCAAAGAUGUCCAGACAGUUGUAUCGCCUAUGACUAGGACAACAGUGGAAGAGGUCAGCGAAGAGGAAUACUAUAUGUUGCGAAGAUAUGAAAACCUAACCCUCCAUCCACCACCCAGGCCUCCCAAAAAGCCAACAUCAGCACCACCACCUACUUUUGCAGUGCCUCAGCAAGGGGUGUCUGAUGUACUACAGGCUCCAAAGAAUUUCUACAUAGACGCCACCAAGAAAUUGUGCUCAGAUCAAGACACUGCUGUUUUGGAAUUGCAAGUUAAUUGUCAAAAUGAUUUGGUGCAUUGUGAGAAUAAGGACAUGACUGGGAAAGCUACACUAGUGGAAACCACUGUGACUAAAGGCCUAGCAAGAAACUAUGAGGAAGAAGAGGAAGAGGAAGAAGAGCAUGACUACAGCUAUAUUGAUGAAAACAUAAUUGAAAACAUAAGAAAAGUAUUUCAUGGCACCAGCAUUAGAAAUGAGCAUACACUCUCCAAAGGAAGAAGGUAA